AAUUUGUUUUUUAAAUUCAAAUUUUAUCAUGAAAUGGUUUAAAUUGUAAAUAAAAUAAUUUAAAAAGAUGGAAUAAGAUCAAUUAUUUAUUUUAUUUUAUAAAUAUUUUUUAAAAUGAUUUUAAAUGACAAAAAAUUUAAUCCGGAUUUUUUUUCUAUUUCAGCAAUCCCCGGAUCAUCAUAAUUUUUUGCGUUGUAAAAUAAAAUUCAACUUAUUUUCUAGAAAAACAAAUUUUUUAAAUAUUUUAACAUUUUAUAAUAAUAUUCAAUAAAAAAGCCCAAAAAAUGGUGGUUUUUCACGGCGAUCCGUGCGGGAUCAUCUGCUUAAUUAUUGUCUACACGGCAGUCUUCUACGCUGACUACGUAGUCGUCCGUCACAUCGUCAUGCCCACCAUGUCUGACAGUUUGCUUGGUGCAGGAAAUGUAAUCAUCUUCAACAUCAUCAUCUUCUUCAUCAUCAUCUCUCACAUACGAUCGGUGUUCUCAGACCCCGGCACUGUUCCCAUUCCUAAAACUGGGAUCGAUUUUUCUGAUCACCACGCUGGGCAACGUUUAACUAGAGACAAUGGUUGGACGGUUUGCAUGAAAUGUGAGACCUAUCGGCCCCCACGAGCACAUCACUGCAGAGUUUGCAGGAGGUGCAUUAAAAGAAUGGACCACCAUUGCCCAUGGAUCAACAACUGUGUUGGUGAGUUAAACCAGAAGUUCUUCAUUCAAUUUCUUUUUUAUGUUGGCAUAGCAUGCUUCUACUCGGUCAGUUUGGUGGUAGCUUCAUGGAUGAUUGGGCCCGUGGACAAGCUAGCCGAGGCUGGGCUACACCAAACUCGCAUAAUUCAUUCCAGCAUAUUGGUCAUUGAGUGCAUAUUGUUUGGACUGUUUGUUGUGGCUAUUGGUUGUGAUCAGCUGCAGGCAAUACUAAAUGACGAAACGGCCGUCGAAUACGUGAAGAGGCAGGGCAAACACCACAGGGGUUACGUAAAUAAGUGGUCCCUAUUGGCUGAAGUUUUUGGAGAUGGCUCACCAAUGCUCUGGUUGUGUCCGUUCACGGCUUCAUCAUCGUCGUCGUCACCAUCAACAGUCGAAGAGUUUAUCAUCUAA